AUGUGUUGGAAGGAGUCAUCUUUACUGUGCGUGAAGUGUGUAUUGUUGUGUUUGAAUGUCAUAUUCAUCCUUGUCGGUUUAUCAUCGAUUGCUGUUGCUUGCUGGGUUUUAUUUUGGCCACAAAUGUUUGUAGAUAUAAUAGGCCCUAAUCUGUUGCGGACUUCGGCAUAUUCGACAAUAUCUGUUGGUGGCGUGAUUCUAUUGCUUUCGGUUUUAGGAUGUGCUGGAACCGCAUUCGAAAAUCGCUGCAUUCUGGUCACGUUCUUCACGCUACUCUGUGGCCUAUUCAUGGCUUGUCUAGUAAUUGGAACGCUAGCAACUGUAUUUAGAGGAGACCUUAUCAUACUCAUGGUUAAUCGAAUGAGCAUUGCUGUACAGCAAGACUAUGGAAGUUCUGAGUUUUGGACGGAGCUGCUGGAUCUUUUCCAGACAAGGUUAAAAUGUUGUGCUGUCGAAGAUAAUCAAGCAGAUUUAUAUCUACGAUCUGUUUGGUAUUCACGUCAGAUACACCAGUCUUCAGUAUUUGGUUCUAAUUCAGUACCAUUGUUAUCUGAAGAGCACAACAAUGGUUCUAUACUACCCCUUAUAGUAAAUGUUCCUGCAUCUUGUUGUCUAUAUUCACCUGAAACAAUGGAGUUUAUAAAUCUGACUGCAUGUCAAACAGGUUCUUUAAAGUCGAAUCUAAAUUCAUACCUUAAUCCUCACGGUUGUGCGAAUGUGAUUAUCGCCCUUCUAUACCAAUAUUUCAUCCCAUUGAUAAUAAUGAUUGUUAUAUUGGCUAUACUGAUGAUGGCUGGUCUCAUAUUAGGUUUAUUAUUGUUAAGAAGCUUCUCAGUUGAUGAUUAUCCAGAAAUUAGUCUACAUGAAAAUGUAUAA